CCCUCGCGGCAGCCUAGGAGCCUGCCCAGGCCUUGCCGGAACUGCUUUCUCCCAGGGGCCGCGCUUUCACCCGGACACCUUUCUCUCGUGGACUCUUCCGGUCAGGCUCGCAGAGCCUGCACGCUGAACCCUUCUCCCGGUGCGUGUGCCCCCCGGACGGUUCCUCGGAGGUUCUGAACACGCACGGAGCCAGCCUUUGGGCCCGAUGGCGGGACAGACCCUGUUCGUGGGCCGCCUCCCGGCCUCGGCCAGCAGCCCGCAGCUGGAGCGUCUCUUCAGUCAAGUGGGGCCCGUGAAGCAGUGUUUCGUGGUCACCGAGAAAGGCAGUAAGACAUGUCGUGGCUUUGGCUAUGUCACUUUUUCCAUGUUGGAGGAUGCUCAGAGGGCCCUCAAGGAAGUUACCACCUUUGAAGGUUGCAAGAUCAAUGUGAUUGUUGCGAAGAGAAAACUAAAGAACAAAACAAAGGGAAAAGAGAAGAAGGAAUGUUCAGUGACCUCACAGGAAGAACCGGAACAAGAAUCAAAGCCCAAGCCUAAAAAAACGAAAGUAGCUGACAAAAAAGCUAGAUUGAUCAUCCGGAAUCUAAGUUUUAAGUGUUCAGAAGAUGAUCUGAAGACCUUAUUUGCUCAGUUUGGUGCUGUCUUGGAGGUGAACAUUCCUAGGAAGCCAGAUGGAAAAAUGCGAGGCUUUGCUUUUGUUCAAUUUAAGAAUCUGUUAGAAGCAGGAAAAGCCUUGAAAGGCACGAACAUGAAAGAAAUAAAAGGACGGACAGUAGCUGUGGAUUGGGCUGUGGCCAAAGAUAAAUAUAGUGCAACACAGUCUUCUGCUUCAGGUGAGGAGCAAAAACCCGCUGAACCCAGACGGCAGGAUGCAAGUCAAGAGAAGGGCAGUGAGGAGGAGGAGUAUGAGGAUGAUGAGGAUGAAGAAGAAGAGUUACAAGUGGCCAAGUCAGCAAAGACUCAGAAGAGGGAAGGCAAAAGACCACUAACUUUGGAUGCUGAGAGCAGUGAGGAAGAUGAGGACAGUGACCUAGAGGAAAGAAGUAGCAGUGAAGAUGAAGAGGAGCGGGAUAAGAAUGAAGUAGAUUCAGAUGAAGACCAAGAUGUAGAAGUUCCAAAGAAGAAAAAGAAGAGGAAGUUGCCAUCUGAUGUGAAUGAGGGGAAAACUGUGUUUAUCAGAAACCUGUCCUUUGACUCAGAAGAAGAAGACCUGGGGGAGAUCCUCCAGCAAUUUGGGGACCUUAAGUAUGUUCGUAUCGUCCUACACAGAGACACAGAGCAUUCCAAAGGUUGUGCAUUUGCCCAAUUCAUGACUCAGGAAGCAGCUCAGGCAUGUCUUGCAGCUGCUUCUGCAGAAACUGAGGAUGGAGGGCUAAAGCUGGAUGGCCGGAAGCUCAAGGUGGACUUAGCUGUGACCCGGGAUGAAGCUGAAAAAUUGCGAAGCAAGAAUGUAAAGAAGCAAACAGGAACCCGGAACCUCUAUCUGGCCCGAGAAGGCUUGAUCCGUGCUGGGACAAAAGCUGCAGAAGGUCUGAGUGCUGCCGAUAUUGCCAAGAGAGAACGGUUUGAGCUUCUCAAACAUCAGAAGCUGAAGGAUCAGAACAUCUUUGUCUCCAUGACCCGGCUGUGUCUCCACAAUCUUCCAAAGGCCGUGGAUGACAAACAGCUCAGGAAGUUGGUGCUGACUGCAGCUGGAGGUGGAAGGGCUGUGCGCCUGAAGGAGUGUCGAGUGAUGCGCGACCUUAAAGGUACACAUGGGAACGUGAAGGGUCAGUCCUUGGGUUACGCUUUUGUGGAGUUUGAAGAGCAUGAGCACGCACUGGCAGCCCUUCGUCACAUCAACAACAACCCUGAGGUCUUUGGCCCUCAGAAGAGACCAAUAGUAGAGUUCUCUUUGGAAGAUCGAAGGAAACUGAAGAUGAAGGAACUGAGGGCCCAGCGAAAUCUGCAGAAAAUGAAAUUGAAGUCUGUAGCUGAUGGGCCCCCAAAAGCCCAGCAGCAACAGCCUGGAAGGUUCCAGAGUCACACACAGGGCCCAAGCAAACUUCCCCUGAAACCAAAUGGGACUCCAGGUUCAUGGGCUGGAUUCCAGACCAAGGCAGAGGUGGAGCAUGUGGAACUGCCAGAUGGGAAGAAGCGGAGAAAGGUCUUGAUGCUCCCCUCACAUCGAGGCCCAAAAAUCAGAAUGCGGGACAAAGGCAAGGCUAAACCUCCUGCACCCAAAAAGCCAAAGGUCCAGAUGAGACAUCAGAAGCAGGAGAAGCAGCGCUCCAGGUCUUUGCAGGUGCCAAAGAAAAAGGCUAAGGGAAAUAAGUCAGAAAUUCGAUUCAACCAGCUGGUCGAACAGUACAAGCAGAAAAUACUGGGACCCACAAAAGGAGCUCCUUUCGGAAAGAAGAGCAAAUGGUUUGACACUUAACCAUAGCAGCAAAUGGCAUAAGUGCCUGCCUCCUUUGCUACACUGCAGGACAUCCUGUCUGGUAGUCUGGUGUUUUUCAUUGUAGGAAAGAGAUGAUGGACUGCCAAAGGGGGCACCUUCUUAGCCCUGAACUGGACACCUCUGGACCUGACGUCUGAUAGCCACAGAGAGAAAUGUCAGAAAGAUGUGAUAACCAUUUUGUAUUUAUAUCCAGAUUGUUCUGUGGAGCUGUACCUCAUUGUUCCAUAUUUAUUCUUGUUUCUUGAGUGGAAACAAUUGUAAAAAAAUUCCUUCUCAUGACAACUUUUACUGUGUCUAUUUUGAUAAGCAUCCUGUAUCAAGGAAAAACUUUUGGUGUUUUUAAAAUAAUAGAUCAUCAUGCUAUUCAUGAACCAUCAUGAUAUCCUUGUGUCUGAUUGCACAACCUUUGUAUGCUGAAUAUGUAGAGCUAGCCAGAUAAGAGUCAGAAGGGAUGGAAAGUGGUGAGCGCAGUGGCCCAGUAGGCUUAUCCCGCCCAUUGAGAAGUGCUGCCUUUCCCAACACUCUUCACAUGCAUCUUUUUGAGAUGCGGUUAUAAACUAUAUGCCACAACUUCUCAGUAUCUAUUGGGAGAGCACAUGAGACACAAACUUGCCACCAUGGAUUGUCCCAAAUCAUAGAUGUAUGUGGCCCUUAAAAUUAUAGUAAGUAGUCACACAAAAGGGGAAGGAAGGGAGCAAAGUUUUGAGAACUGUGUCUUCAGAAUCUUGAGGUAUGCAAGAAAUUCCUAAUAGUCUGGGGCAGGGGAAAGAGAUAAUGUGAUAAUGAGUUUAAAAAGUGCUACAAAUAUUGGAAAAUGCCCUAGAAACAUUCCUGGUAACCAAAAUACUUCAGACUUAGCCUCCAUCUUCACCUCUUACAAGCUCCGAGUUUUCACCUCAAUCUGUCAGGGAACAUUUUCUGUGCUAAUAUGUUUUUAUUUUAUAAUGUCAGUGGGGAAGUUGGGUUCAUUUUUGGGAAGUUUAAUUUAUAGCUACCUUUGCUGGAUAUAAUUAUCCUUAACGUAGGAGAUGGUUGUGUUUAUGCUCUAAAAGGUGCUGAAAAUGAGUGUUGACAACCUUUAACCUGAGUGAGUGAAGAAGGGAGUUUGGUUAUGUAACAUGUAUAUAUACUCGCAUAAAUACAUUGUCUAUUUUUAAAAAAAAUAUAUUUUCUGCUGAGGAAACAGA